AUGAAUUAAAAAUGUUUAAUUUAAGAUAUCAAUAAAUCAUUUUAAUUGGAUGUAUGAAUAUUUCGAUUAUCUAAAGGUUGAAAAAACAAAAUUAGAAAUGCAAUUUUUGGUUGAUGUAGAAAGAAAAAAAACAGAAACAAAUAAAUAAAUAAUACAUUAAGCAUUUUUAGAAUCUCAAGACUUAUUGAAUGAAGCAAAUAAUAAAAAGUUAGCAAUUAUAUAAUAAUAAAAUGAAGGCACAUUAUAAUAAAUAAUAUAAAAUCAUCAAUAAGAAAUAAUAAAAUUACAUAAAUAUUAUGAAUAAUAAAUAGAUAAGAUAAAAUAAUAAUAUGCUUCAAAGGAAGAUGAAGAAAAAUUUAAUUAUUAAAAUAGUUUAUAAUAAUUAAAGAUUUAGAUUUAGACUAAUUUUGAAUAUUAACUUGAAUAAUAUAGAUAAUAAUUUUUAAGAGAAAGAAAUGAAAUUAAUGAAAGACAUACUUGGGAAAUUUAGAGAAUUAAAGAAAAAAAUGAACAAUAAAUAAAGUAUGAAUUUAAAUUAUCUAAAGAAUUAUUUUUGAUCGUCUUAGUAGAGAAUAUGAUACAAAAAUUAAUGAUUAAAUUUAUUAAUUAACAUGUAGUUAUGAAAGUAAGAUUGAUCAACUUAAACAAAAUAUUAAUUAUAUUGAAUAAUAGAGAUAAAUCUUAGAUGAAUAACUUCGUAAAUUAUCAAAACAAAAUUGUGAAAAAUAAGUAUAAUAAGAAAAGACAUAUUCUAAUUCUUCAGUAUAAACAACAAUCUUCUUUAAAGAUUAAGAGAUUCAAACAGAUUAGACUAUUCAAAUUAUUGAACCUUUAUAUUGUACUAAUUAUGAAGAAAUCAUAACAAAAAAUAAUUAAUUAAAAUAAAUGAAUUUUGAUUUAUCAUCUUAGAAUUCAGAUUUAAAGGCCAAUAUUCAAUUUCUAGAAUAAUUAGUGAAUAAAUACUAAAAUUUAUUUGAUUGA